AUGGAGAGCACCUGGGAUAGGUUGAAUGACAGCCAGCGGAAGGUGAAGAACACUGACAGCCUGCUGGCUGUCAGAAAAAACAUUGACGGGGUACUGGGUCCCGCCCCGGCCGCCCAGCCGGCUCUUUUCGGCCUGGGCAACUCCCUGCCGCUGCCUCCAGCUUCCAGUCCCGACCCCGGCCACUGGACGCCGGGCCAGUACCGCUAUUACCAGAACGUGUGCACACACAGCUACUCCUUCGUGUGGUGGGACUGGGCCCGCUGGGAGCGCGAGAUCGACUGGAUGGCUCUGAACGGCAUCAACCUGGCGCUGGCCUGGGGCGGCCAGGAGGCCAUCUGGCAGCGGGUGUACCUGGCCUUAGGCCUGACCCCGGCAGAGGUGGACGAAUACUUCCCUGGACCCGCCUUCCUGGCCUGGGGCCGAAUGGGCAACCUGCACAGCUGGGGAGGGCCCCUGCCCCGUUCUUGGCACCUCAAGCAGCUUUACCUGCAGCACCGGAUCCUGGACCGGAUGCGCUCCUUUGGCAUGACCCCAGUGCUGCCUGCCUUUGCAGGACAUGUCCCCAAGGCUCUCACCAGGGUGUUUCCUCAGAUCAAUGUCACCCAGAUGGGCAGCUGGGGACACUUCAACUGCUCCUACUCCUGCACCUUCCUCCUGGCUCCGAGGGACCCCAUGUUCCCCAUCAUCGGGAGCCUCUUCCUGCGGGAGCUGACGAAAGAGUUCGGCACAGACCACAUCUAUGGGGCUGACACUUUUAAUGAGAUGCAGCCCCCCUCCUCCGAGCCCUCCUACCUGGCCGCCGCCACCACUGCCGUCUUUGAGGCCAUGACUGCAGUGGACUCUGAUGCUGUGUGGCUGCUUCAAGGCUGGCUCUUCCAGCACCAGCCCGAGUUCUGGGGACCUGCCCAGGUGGGGGCCGUGCUGGAGGCCGUCCCUGCAGGCCGUCUCCUGGUUCUAGACCUGUUUGCCGAGACCCAGCCCGUGUAUGUCCGCACAGCCUCCUUCCGGGGCCAGCCCUUCAUCUGGUGCAUGCUGCAUAACUUCGGGGGUAACCAUGGCCUGUUCGGGACCCUGGAGGCUGUGAACCGGGGCCCUGCAGCAGCACGCCUCUUCCCCAACUCCAGCAUGGUGGGCACAGGCAUGGCCCCUGAGGGCAUCGGGCAGAAUGAAGUGGUCUACGCCCUUAUGGCCGAGCUGGGCUGGCGGAAGAACCCGGUAGCUGAUUUGGGGGCCUGGGUGGGCAGCUUUGCUCGCCGGCGCUACGGCGGCCCCCACCAGGCUGCAGAGGCUGCAUGGAGGCUCCUGCUGAGGAGCGUGUACAACUGCUCGGGCGAGGCCUGCAGCGGGCACAAUCGCAGCCCCCUGGUCAAGCGGCCAUCCCUACAGAUGAACACCACUGUCUGGUACAACCGAUCAGAUGUAUUUGAGGCCUGGAGGCUGCUGCUCACAGCCGCUCCCACCCUGGCUACCAGCCCAGCCUUCCGCUACGACCUGUUGGACGUCACUCGCCAGGCGGCUCAGGAGCUGGUCAGCCUGUACUAUGAAGAGGUGAGGACUGCUUACAGCAACAAGGAGCUGGUUCACGUGCUCAGGGCCGGAGGCCUCCUGGUCUAUGAGCUGCUGCCCGAGCUGGACAUGGCACUGGCUAGUGACAGCCGCUUCCUCCUGGGCAGCUGGCUGGAAGAGGCCAGGAUGGCAGCCGUCAGUGAGGCGGAGGGCCGUUUCUUUGAGCAGAACAGCCGCUACCAGCUGACCCUCUGGGGACCGGUGGGUAACAUCCUAGACUACGCCAACAAACAGCUGGCAGGCCUGGUGGCAGACUACUAUGCCCCGCGCUGGCAGCUCUUCGUGGGGGAGCUGGUUGAGAGCCUGGUGCAAGGUGUCCCCUUCAAGCAGCGCCAGUUUGACGAGAACGUCUUCCGGUUGGAGCAUGCCUUCGUCUUCGGCUCACAGAGGUACCCCAGCCAGCCGCAAGGGGACACCGUGGACUUGGCCAAGAGACUCUUCCUCAAAUAUUACCCCCGGUGGGCAGCUGGCUCCUCGUGACCCCUCGACUAGCCUUGGGUCAUGUUCGCCUCACAUUCCAGGUCGGGGCAGGUUUCUGGGGCCCGGGGCUGGACAAGCCUCAGGAAGUCCCUGGGUCUGGGAGACAGGAGCCCACCACCUGCCAGUAGGGUCGGGUAUGGGGGAGCCUCGCUGCACGCCGCAUUCUGGAUUGGGAACCUAAGUGUUGUCAUUCUAUCAAAUCAAUAAACGCGUGGCUCAGCCCUGGCCUGUCAGAA